AUGGCGCCCGCCAAUCAACGCCCGGCUUUCAACCUCCCAGAUCUCCGCUGGCUUUCUCCUCCCAAAUGGAAACCCCCAGAACGAAAUACACAACCGGCCCUGGACCAGGGCACCAAACCCUUAAGCGAAAAUGCGACCAGAAAAAUCCAGGGUGCUACGGAACCAGCGCAGUCAAGAACACCGGAGAAAGGGAGCCCGCCGCCGCGGCAAAGGAGGCUGUGGGACUCGUUUGCUGCCAGGGGGGAGAGCUUGGUGCCCUUCCGGCAGAGGAAUGGGACCCCCCUGGAAAAUGAAAAUGGUGACGGAACAGGGAAAAUGGAGCCCGCAAAAAUCAAUGCUGGAAACAGCAUUCCUGUGCGCUGGCCAGUGCCAGCUGUCCCAAUGUCGCUAGAGCCGGGGGCAGCACUGGAGGAUACGAUGACUGCAGCGUCUGAUGUAGCGCUUGCGAGUGCGGAGAAGAGCAUGGGUCCAGCGCUCAAAGACGAGCUAUGCAUGCAAGCGAUCGAUGAGACACAGUCGUCAGCAAAACCACUGUCCCCCCCAGCUCAGCCAUUUGAGGUCAAGCUCCUAGUUCGGGAAAGAAAGGUGCCAGCUGUCCAGGUUUUGCCCCCCGGAACAGCCCCAUCUGUCAUAGUCCCAGCCCCACUCGCGGUGCCCCCCCCCUCAGCAGAGCCUCCCCUCACCCCCCCGGAAGUUAUCGCUCGCGGCCGCUUUUUUUCUCCCCCCUGCGCUGCGCGGGACAGAGUUCUCCUUUCCCCCAGCCUGCGCGUGGGGACUACUGCUCUGCGCGGGCGAGUCGCUGACCUCAUCAGCCCUGGGCGGCCCUUUCGGAGCCCUCGUAGCAAGUUUUUCUCGCCCCCCAGGUACCGUGGAAAGCUCCUUAAGAAGAAUGCGGCGGGAGGCAGUGGGGAGGAAGUGGUCACCGGCAGCUUGGCUCUAGGUUGCAGCUCAGGCCCGUUCCAGGGGAGUGCAAAAACGGGCGGUCAGACAGAGGGGAAUCGGGUGCGGUUUUGGUGGUUGAAGGAACGGGCAGAGUUGGGCCGUGGUUGUACAGUGGGUGAAGAGAGUUCUGGGGGCCAAGCUGAGGCGCAGAGGGAAAGUUCUGCCACGGAAAGGGAACGAGUAAUUUUUUCAUGGGGGAAGGGUUCCUUCUCGCCAGACUGCCAAACAGCCAAGGAUCCGGAGGGGCUGUUUGCGAGGCACGACCGCAAAGAAACAAGGACCUAUGAUGAGUCUAACACCGAGGUUCCUCUUGAGACUGGAGCAGAACGUGUUGGUGGGCGCAUGGUGUCAAACGACGUGCCAAGCCCUGCGGCUCGUACUCAGCUUCCAACGUCGACCCCGACCCCCCUCUUCCUUGACACAGCCACAGCUGGAGAGGCUGCUAACAGAGCUGCAUCACAAAGUUGGUAUCGAGCUGAGCAGGAGAGCGAGAUGGAGGAUGGAGACACCCAGUCUGUGGGCAGUACGGAAAGUCCCGUGAAAUUUGGAGGUCUCCUCGACGGCGCUCUCGGAAAGCUCGAAACGCUGGCGCUCGCGUGUAGGCUGGAGGAUCUGAAGCUGGCAGGGGGAGCCAACCGGGCAGCGGAGGAGAACGGAAUGGAGGUUGGUUUAGAGACCGGGGAAAGUGGUCGGGGCGACAAAGCGGGGUGGGAGAAGGCUGACUUUAAGAUUGAAAAGACUAAACGGGGCCACAAUGCGGGGACAGAAGAGGCGGUGUCCGAAACUGGGGGUUUAGAUGGGGAUGAGGAAGUUGCUUUGAAACUCCAGGGUGUGAAAACGGACGCUGACAUCAGGGUGCGUGCGAACAAGACGAGGCGACCUCGAGACAAACAGAACGGGGUUGGUGGACGAAAAAACGGGGGUGGCGGGUCGCAAGCCGGUCCGCAAAGUCUUCCUGUUCCAGCGAAAGUUUGUAAGGACCCUCCGGGCACAGAGGACGAGCCGAUUCUUGUAAAGAAUUCUCAACAGACACAGCAAAGGAUAAGCGCUGCCGAUCCGGCGCUCGGCCUCGGUUUUCAGCACAGACGGGGCAUCGCGUUUGCUGAUGCGGACGAGAAGUCGGACAGGAGUUUGGACACAGGAUCAGUGGUCGCGUCCGCUGAAGCCGUGCCCCAAGACCGGGCAGCCAGUUCUGGUCGGUCGGAAGAGCUGGCGGGUUUUGAGAGCGGGGUCCCUGGGAUUGCAAAAGCAGCGCCAGUGCCGCCGAACGGGCAGCUCAAGACGGCGGCUGAUGGACCGAGGAACACACAGCGGUCUGCGAAUGCUACAGAAGCGUCUGUGGACGGUUCCAAAGAGUCGGCAGAGGAUAAAUCGGGGAAUUUGGACGGCGUUUCGGACCUUAUCCCAAACCCUGCAGACGGUUCAACGGACAGAGAGAGCGCACCCUCCUCUUUGUGGGGUGGUGCGAGGGGCGGGUCAGAGCCCCCCAAACAGAAAACGGACGGCAAAGCUGAGCUCACGGACGCGUCCGAGCAGGGGAUCCCUUCCGGUUCGGCUGAGGAGAGCGUUGCGGUCACUGGGGUUUCAAUAAGUUUGUGCGGUCGGGCGGAGAUGGUGAGUACGAGAGGUUUCGAACAGGCGGCAACUGAUGGGCAGCUCGAAGAAACGGCACUUUUGGGUAAACAAAAGCUGUCAGCUGCAGAAGGGAUGACUCAGCAGACCGCAACCCAGCUUCCAGUUUCGGGCUACCCGCUGGGCGCUGCAUUGGGAGCCAGAUUCGAAGGGAAUCGGGAUGAUCCGGAUGAUCUGGAACGCUGUGGAGGGUUGGAAGAACAGCCGUCAGGUAGUGAGAAUGCCUUCGAGGGUGACCGUUCAGUGAAAGAAAGCACGGGUCUGUGGAUCGGCGAUGAAGGACCAGUGGAGCAGGCGAUGGCGAGCGGAGAGUUGGAGAGUGGGGAGCGGAGAGAAAACCUAGAGAUGGGCGCAAGGACGGAUGGAGGGUUGGAGUUUAGAGAUCAAAUGGAAGGAAUAGUAGAGAAGGGCAGAGGAUCGGAAGUAAACCCAGCGAAGGUUGAACGGACGGAACCAGAAGUAGAGAGGGGAGAAUCAAAAGGUGGAGACCGGAAGAGAGGGGAAAGGGCCGAAGGGGAGCUAGAUCGAGACAAACAGAAGAGAGGACUUGAACUAGAGAGGGGAGAGCCCACGCAGCAGAGCCUGGAAGACCUUGCGCAACUAGACUGGGACAGCAUUCUGUCCGGCGACGUCGACUCGUGCGUCCGGCACCUGUUGGACAGUCCGCAGUGUCAGCGACGGUCGUGGGCCUCUGGCGAGGGGACCGCUUCGCGACCAAUAUCGCCCCCCUGGAAAGAUCGCGUUCGGGCCUCCGCCGCCGACGGGGGCCUCGCUUCCCCGCCUGCUUCACCCCCCUGGAAAACAAAUCCACCAGAGAUGCGUCUUAGAGAGGGCAGUCCGGGUGCAACGAACAAGGGACCAAGCGGGGGGUCCGAUUCUCGGCCAUCAUCGCCCCCCCGGAAAGAUCCAGACCCGACUAUUGCCUCAGGCUGGGGGGCAAUUUCCCGCCCCGGUUCCCCCCUCUUCAGAAGCCAAAGUCUCCCGACGGAUCCUACUUCGGUCGGCAGCCCAGGCGCGGCGUCGCUGGAGCCGGGUGGGGGGCUACAUUCCCUGCUUGGUUCGCCCCCCUGGAGCGUGCAAAACUUCCCGGAGGUAAACCUUUUGGUGGGGAGCCCUGGGGCGGCGAGGGACGCGUUCCGUCGGUGGACCGUUCCGGGGAGCCCUGGUGUGCCCAAACCGACGGAAACAGCAGGCGUGAGGUUUAGGGAGACGCGGGACGUUGGGUUCCUGAGGGCGGUGGCUGGUUGGGAACCGGGGCUGGGCAGAAAGGCGGGAGCGGAACGGAGCGGAAGGGCAAGAGCAGAUUCCGGCGGAAAUGCCAGAGCAGAGCAAGAGUUGGGGCCCGAGGCCGGCGGUGUGACAGGACCACAACAGAGCGGAACAGUUAAGGCGAAUUUGGAUCCGUUAGUGAAAGCGGAUUACGGCGCAGAACUAGUAACUAGAAGGGCGGAAAGCUCGGCAGCAAUGGAUGUUCCGAUGGGAAGCGAGGCGGAACGAGCGGAUUCUGAGGACACGUCGCCGGCGGCUCCUGAAUCCGCAGAAACGGAACCGGACGUGGAGGAGUUUUCCAGCGGCGUUGAGCCGCCACGCAAGCGGCGGGACGCGGAGAGAAGAAGCUCGGAUCAUUUGUCACGCCCCCGGCGGCUACAGCCGCGGCCCUCCUGCGCCGCCCUCCUCCUGCCCUGCGCGCCGUACGAUGAGGACGGGUGCGCCGAAGAUCACGCCACGUGGCAGCCUGAGAAAGUCGCCGCCAACCGCCUCCGCAUUUUAGUCGGGCCGUACGCCGACAAGGAGGGCAUUCACACCGACGGCUCGGAGGGGCUGAGCCCCGAGGUGACGCCGCGGUGUGAAACGGCGCCUGGCAGGCGGUUCUUCAGGGACACGGACGCUCCUGAGAGGGUUUCCAAGCCUUCAAAGCUGUCCUUCCCCGUCGUCUCAUCCGAACCGGCAGUCUCCAACGCCCUUUCCGCAACGGAAACGGGAACUCUGCGCCCGACGGAAGUCCUGUGCUCUGCGGACUAUUCCCCCUCAGUGGAAGUCCGAUCCUCAAGGGACGCGGAAAUCGUCCGCUCAUCGGACGUCCGUUCCUCAAGGGACGCGGACACGCUCGGCCCAUUGGACGUCCGUUCCUCACCGGACGCUGAGACCCGGCGCUCAUCGGACCUGGGCCAGCGCUCUGCGGACGCUUUCCCUCCAGCGGACGUCCGUUCCUCAAGGGACGCGGAAACCCUUGGCUCGCCGGACGUCCGUUUCUCAACGGAAUCGGAAACCAGUCGCUCGUUGGACGUCCGCUCCUUCCCUGGCCCAGAUACUCGGCACUCAUCGGACAUCCUGCGCUCUGCGGGCGCUCUCUUCUCAGCGGACGUCAGCUCCUGUGCGGACGCAGAAACUCUAAACUCACCGGACGCAACAACUCUGCAGUCAGCGGACGCGUUACCCGCAGAGGACCCAGCCAGUCCCGUUCUGACAGCCGCCACAACUGUGGCUCCCCCGGAGAACUUCACCGGUCAGAUUUCUGAAGCGGGGCUGUCGAGCCAAGCCUGGGGAGAGUCAACCGACCAAGAUUCUACCGGAAAGAGACUAACCGAGUCAGUUACGGUAGAACCCACCGACCGGGUUUGUCUUGAGGAAGGGCCUUCUCGGCCAGUUUCUGGGGGAAUGAUCGACCAAAGUUCUGCCGGGAAGAAACCAUUUGGGUCGGCCUCGGCGGAAAGCACCGGCCCGGACUCUGGUGAAGAGAGUCCGUUCGAGUCAACCUCGCUGAACGGCACCGCCCGAGAUUCCGCCGGAAUAGAGCUGCCUCGGUCUUCCUCCGCGGAAAGCACCGACCAGGACUUUGUUGAAGCGAUUCCGUUCCAAUCAGCAUCCGUCGAACGUACCGCCGAUAGUUUCGUCGAAAGUGAGCUGCUUCGUUCAGUCUCGGAAGAGUUCGUCGAGCGCUUGUCUUCGGGAGAUUGGACUGGAAAGAACUGGGCGAUCGGCGAAAUCUUGGAGCGCUUCCGCGUUCAAAGGCGGGCGGGGAGCCGUUUCCCGGUCGCUCGACGGAACAACCGGGCAUCAGAGGGAUCCCUCUCGAGCUUGAGCUCUGCUGCUAACCGGGGCAGAAGCGCCCGGGUCAGUGACCCGGGCUCUGAGGACCUAGAUCGAGGCGACACGGGGGCGAAAACGCACGACGAGCGAGCACGGGCGAGACAGCUUACGGGCCAGCCGGUCGCUCAACGUAACCGGGCGGCUGAGGGAUCCCUCUCUAGCUUGAGCUCUGCUCGCGACCAGGGCGAGAGUGCCCGGCUCAGUCACCCGAGCGCUUCGGAAGUGGCUGCGGGCGACUCAGAGGCAAACUUCCAGGAGGAGCGGACACCGACGGUAACGAACCAGCCCGAGAAAACUAGAGCGGGGAUCAGCGACUCCUUGGGUAGUGCGGAAAAGGCCUCGGUUUGCGAGAAGCCAUGCUCGGGAGGAUCUCCAGCCACCAGAGAACUAGAGGGGGAAGAAGUGACUCCGAGUUUGGAACCUUCCGAAAAUUUCGUCUCUCAAGUGAGCUUGGUCCUUCGGGCUGGAAGAGGAGGCGUUUUUGGUGAAGACGAACGGACGCCGAGAAGCCAAGAGAUGGGUGAAGAAGGGGGUGCUUCUGUGCUGUCCGGAGAAACCGGAAGCGGUCCCGAAUGGGUUUGCGAGGGGGAGCUGUUGGGGGCCGAUGAAGGUACGCCGGAAAGCGGAAAGCGGCAAAUGAAAAUUGCUCAUCCAGGGAGUGAAGAGAUGGCAGAGCUACAAAACAGUGAUGGAGAAUUAGAAAGGGUGGAGAUGACAACGCCACGCGGCAGAACGGGGGAUCCGGAGAGAACCCUGCGCGCGCUUGGAACAGAGAGCGCGGACGAGAACGAGUUGGCCGGCGGCGAUGAACCGAUGGGACACGUGGCGAGAGCGGAGCACGCUUACGUAGGUUCCAUAAAGGGCCAAAAUGCCAGUGGUCGGGAGGAAGAGACCGGUCACUCUGCUGCGGAGGAGAGAGACAGGGAGGUGACCGGGGGAGUGCUACCAGGGGCGGUAAUGGAAGGACGGGAGGCACGACUGGGGAUUGAAUUGGGGAAGGCCGGGAACGGCGCGAAAGGGGCGGAUCGGAGCGUUCCGGUCGCAGUAGAAAAAGCAGCGGAACUACGAAGGACGGAGGCGGCCGGGAAGAACGCGACAGCGGCGGAGCGGAGCGUUCCGGUCGCAGUAAAUGCAGCGGAACUUCAAAGGGCGAAACAGGCGGAAACGGAACUGAUAAAGGAGGUCUGGGUUGCGCUUUCGCCGCGAAUCUGGGAACCACCCGCGGGACUGGUGCCAGGUCCAGGAGACGAACUGGAGGUGUUCGAGUUUGAGGCCUCGGACGGCGAACUGGAGGGAACGGAACGGGUUCCGGCGGAACCUGAAGUGGAAAAAGCCAGCGGAAAUGGAAGCAUCGUCCAGGAAUCUGGUGAGGGAGCCAGGCUGGACGAACCCUGUUUGGAGAUGAACGACUUGGGCGGACUCAGUGCAAACGGUAGCAGUUUAGACGGAACGAUUGUGGACGGAGUCAUUGUGGGCGAAACCAGUGCGGGCGGAAGCAGUGUGGGCGGAAGCAGUGUGGACGGAACCAGUGGGGACGGUGGAGGCAGGGACGGAACGGAGCCGGACGGAAUCGAGCUGGACGGACCAAGCCUAGACAGGACCAAUUUGGACCGAAAGAGGUUGGACGAACCAAAAGUGGACGGAACCGGCCUGGACGGAAACAGUCCGGACGGAACAGCUUUCGGCGGAUCCGGCUUGGACGGAACCGAACUGGACGGAACCAGUCUGAGGCAAACCAGCCUGGACAGCACCACUUUGGACGUCAGAUCGGACGAAACGAGCUCAACCAUAGCCAACGCGACCGGAACUGGUUUGGGCGGAACCAGUUUGGACGGAAACAGCCACGAAGAAGUCACUCGAAAAGGGAACGUGUCCAGCAGAAGCGGGCCGGUAUCCGACGGAAUGUCCUUGUUGCCGAAGCUGAAGUUGGGAGCGCGCGCAGAGAAAACGGCUGUGCCUGCGCGGACGGCAGAACGACGUUCCGCCGCGGAAGCGGAAGCUCCGGCCUUCGCAGGGGAGCUGCCGGAAUUACGAGCAGCUCUGAAGCAGGUCAAGACGCGUGUGGCUAGCAGCCCGGAGCGCGCGAAGGUCAAGUCCCCGCGAAAGCGGAACGGCUUCGCUGCCACCUCUCUCGUCAACGGGCGCGCCGUCCUCGGCACCACCCUCUCCCUGGCCCGGAAACAGGAGAUUGCUGACGUCAGCGUGGACUCGUUUUUGAACUGGGACUUCAUCGUCGGGGGCGAAGAAAGCGGCGGAGAGGGGGCUGUCGUUGCUGCUUCAGAAUCGGUCUGUGGCGCUGGUUUGGAGAUUGGGAAUGCUGGUGCUUUAGAAUCGGUCUCUGGCAGGGGUUUGGAAGUCGGUGCUUUGCAACCGGGUUCUGAAGGUGGAUUGGAAUUGGGUUCUGGCGGUUGUGUGGAAGGCGUCACGGAAGGCAAACCAAAGACAGUCACAGCCGAUGGUUUUAGAUCGGUCACAGCGGGGGUCUCAGAGGCCGACGUUACGGUCAGCGGUGGAGGAUCGGUCACGGCCAGUGGUUCAGAGACGGCUUCUAAAGGAGAGGGAGAAUUGGUUUUCGCCAGCGGGUUCAACUCCGCUUCAGCCCCCGGUUUAGAAUCAGCCUCUGUCAAUAGUGUAGAUUCUGGUUUUGAGGGCGACGUAGAGCCGGGCUCUGGCAGUGGCUUCGCCGCGGCCAGCACUCCGGGGCUCCAGGAGAUGUACGCGGGUGAGCUAGCUAAUUCUGCCGCGUACACACCGGAACGGAAGGGAGUUGCCGACAAUCGAGCGGUGCAAGGCGCGGCGGAAAAGUCUGGCGGAUUCUCGCUAAUGACCGAGCUCCAUUGUGCACCCUUGGAGGGAAGUCCGGCGGAACCGCAACUCGGUCUAGUUGGAGACGAGGGGACGGAAAGCGGAACGGAAAGCGCGCGUGCUGGGGCCAGCUCUCACCGACCGGAAUCUGCUGUUCCGUCGCCGGAGCCCCCGGCCGUCUCCUCAACGGAGCAGUCAGGACGGAUUCAAACUCAGGAGAGGGGCGUGAAAGAGCCGCUUGGCAUUCAGGAGGCUGACGUGGCACAGCCGGCUCACGUACGGGAGGAUGACGCAACGGAGGCUGACGUGGCAGGGCUGGACAGGAAGUGGGAAGGUGACGUGGCGGGGCCGGAAGCGGAGGUUGUUACUGGAGCGGAAGACGAGUGGACGGAAAUAGCAAGCCCGGAAUUGGCUUGGGCGGAAGUCCAACUUCUGGAGAAAGAAGGGAGGGAGAUUGUGGUCUCUUCAGAGGCUCGAGAUGAAAACAGCGUUGCAAAUCUAUUUGUCGAUGGAGAAGCAAGAGAGGAGACUACGGCGCAAAAGGCGAGGGAAGAUUCCUGGAGGCUGUCUUGGACGGAAGGGGCGGAACGGGAAAGCAUUCGGGCGGCCUGGUUCGAGACGGAAGAGAGCGGUUUUGGUGAAUCGUUCGAGGAGGAGAGCAGAUCUCAGGAGGUUGAGAAAGAAGACUUCCGGCUGGAGGGUUCCACAGCGGAAACGGUUCCGGCGGAACAAGCGAUCGGUGGGGACCGUAGGCUGCAGCUUACAUCCGUGGACGGAAUGCCAGCGGACGGUGUGAAGACCUUGGCAAGGUUGGAGGGAGAGACUGUCCCGAAACGGGAGGCCCCGAGCACGGUCGACGAGGUUCCGGCGGAAUGGGUCAGGAAGCUGUGGAGGAAUUGGGCGGAAGGGGCUUCAACGGGACAGAGUUCGACGAUAGAAGGUGAAGACGAAAGGGGAAUGACUGACUCGCGUUCCGAAGCUGAUUCAGGAAGAGAGGUCUUGCCGGAGAAGCGUGCUCUAGGAGAAUACAUUCCGGUGGAAAGCACCGGGGGAGCGAAAAUCAGAUUGGACACCGGCAGGCGGGAUGCCAACCGGAACGCUGGGACAGAAAAGGAACGGACAGAAAGGUUUACGGCGACGGAAGUCGCAGGAACUUGGAAUGACGAGGGACUUCCGCCGGAAGGGAGCGGAACUGAGAAUGCCCUAGAGGGGCGGAGUGAAACUGAACGGGGUCAGGGAGACCGCAAAUGGACGCUGGCAGACGCGCUCGCGACGAACGCCGAGACGGAGACCGGAUUCCGUUCCUCAAAGACAGCGGAAAUUCUUGACAGGAAAGCGCGCUCAACAGAAUCCCCUGAAGAACGCCCGGAUCCCAUACUGCUCCUUUUCGCCCAAGGAGGAACCAGUGAGAUUAUUCUCAGCGCCUCCGUUCCGUUUCCGGUCAGGGCAGAGCCUCUCAUGACGGAACCGGAGCAGAUCGUCGAGCGGGGCGGUGAAGAGUUGGGCGGCACCAGGGCGGAAAGUUGGACAGCGGAAACGGAUCAACGGAGAAGAGGCCGGGAGUCGACGGACUCACGGGCGAGCGACAGCGUCGAGGUGCUGCUGCAGGGGCUGGUCGCCGAGGAGGAUGACGUCAGCGGCGAGAGCGGGUCCGAGUCGGACGAAGGAUCGGAGGCCGGCCGACCCAAGCGCGUCAGCUUCAAGUUCGUGACGUUCGACGACGGCGACGAUUCCUCCUACGACCAGCGCCUGCUCGCGGCCGCGCAGGAGACGCGGCGCGCCUCGCUCAGCGCGCGCGGCGCCGAGUUGCGCGCUAGCGUCGCAAAGCUUACGAGGCUCCUUGAGGACGAGGAACCUCUAGAAGUCCUUGGCGGGUGGGGAAGCCUUCCGGGGUCCCGGAAAGGCCAGCGAAGCGUGAGCUACACCGCCUCGCGCGGGCGCGGGGAGAAACAGGGUUUGGGGGAGGGUUUGGACGAGGGAAGGGUUCGGUUCGUGGAGAGAGGCCGUAUGGAAAGGAGACGAAGCUUCGACGGAGGAAUUUUGAGGCGGGACGGUAAAGGGGUUGAAAACGUAAACGGGGAUGACGUCAGUCUUACGCAGAGCGCGUUCGGGGGCCUAGAGGAAGUAUUGAAAAGGGAGUGGCAGGGCGCGGAACAAGGCACAGCGGAAACGGAAAACGGAACCACGGAGCCAUUGUCAGGGGGUGCGACAAGGUUUGCAGAUUGCGAACAGGACUACGUGGACUGUAAAGGUAUUGCAGCUGACGUCACGGAAAAGACUGCUGACGUUAUUGCUGACCGGAUUGGGGCGGAGGGCGACACCACGGAACUUGAGGAACGGAAGGAAACGGAAGACGGAAACAUUGCCCGCCACGCGGUGCGGCAGCGCGGCGCGCCCGAGACUUCAGGUUUGGCGGAGAAGGGCAGCGGCUCGCGGAAUGCGAUCACGGCCGAGGAUGUGAGCGGAACGGCGGAACAGAGCGGUGCGAGUGCUGCUUCGGAGGAACGGAAAGUAGCGGACAGCGGAGCAGCAGAGUUGCCAGCGGAGAGGCAGCGGAGAGCAGACCGGAAGAGUGGGCGUUUAGUAGAACAGAAUGAGAAAGAACUAGGGACGGGGAGCGCUGAGAGAACAGAGUUUGAGGAGUGGACUGGUGGUCCGGCAUACAAACCAGAGGGGGAACGCAAAGGUGUCGGCGCGGGACUGCGGACGGAACAGAACCGGAGGAGCGGAACCGAAAGUUUGACAGUAAGGGCUGGACUUGCCGCGCUUGACCCGGAGGUAACAAGCUUGCGCCAGGAGGGUCCCGAAACAGAAGCGCUCUUCAGAGCGGUGGAGAUUGCUGAGCGAAGAAUGUCGGGACGAAACCAAGAGAAUUCAAGACACGAUCAGCUGAAUGCUCUGGGGCUGGAGAAAACCCCUGCAAAGACCGAGAGUCCAGCUCCCGUCGAGUUGCCGCCCGGAUUCCGGAAGAGCGUUCCAACGGACGCCCCGCUUCUCUCCUCGACAGCCACUACGGGCAUAGGUGUUUCUGACGGUCCAACGGGCACGCUACGGAUGAGUGAACCUGGCAGGGAAAGAAAAGAGCCUAAGAAGGAAGGGGGAAGUCAGGCUUCGAAGCGCAAGCUUAGUCGGAUUUCCGACGGAAAGCGGACGGGAAUGCAGUCCGUUCCGGCGGCGCUUUCAGACGGAAGCGGACACUCUGACCCGGUGCCGGGGCGACUGUUCGACAUCACAGCGAAGAGUGCUGGCUCGCCGCAAAAGAAACUUCCGUCCGUUUCGACGUUGCGCGGACAAAGGCCGUCGUCCGAAACGGACACGAAGUUUAGGGACUCGCAGUCUGAUUCGGACCAAGACCACUGGAGCGGUUGGCGGAUCCUCCGGAAGGAGCCGGAGGCAGAGCGUCGGCCGCGGCAAACCCGGAAGAGUUCCAGCCGCUGUCGGGAGGGAGAAGGGCCGGCUAGCGAGUCACGGAUAUUCCAAAAGGCUGCCGCACCGGAGCGGAAGCGAGCGUCCGGAAACGGUGAAGGAAGGGCGGCGGAUGAGAGGAGGGUCUCCCUACCUGUCACAAAGGCUUCCAGGGCUUCGGAUGACGUCAGGAUGACGAAUCGAGCGGGGUCCGCAGCGAGCAAGAAAACGAACCGCCCACCGGCAGCUCCGCUCUCCUCCCAGAACGCCAACCGACGGACUUCCCUUUCCGCUCCCGCCCAGUCCCCCGGAACGAAAACCUCCCUCGAGAGCAGCCCCCGCCUAUCUUCCGGUUCCAAGACGUCCCUCGAAAACAGCCCCCAUCUGUCUUCCGGAUCCAAGACGUCACGUCGAAGCACCCCCGAGCCGCCGGAUCCGUUCUCCAACCUGAUCUCAUACGACGGAACGGAACCGGAAGCGAGGGCAUCGGAGAAAGGAGCCUUCGCAAAGGAGCGCGCUCGGAAGGUUACAAGCGACCGGCCGCCGCUCGGUCGGUUGAGCGGCCGCGCGCGCACAAAGGUGGACGAGCGCGCACCCGAGCGGGGUGACACGAGCGCAGCUCAGCGCAGGGCUUCGAGAGACGCGCGGCCGGCCGCGGCGGCCGGGAAGGACUCGGCCGCCAGACGGACGAGGGCGACCAGUGACGGCUUGAGCGGCCGGGAGGGGUCGCCGCAAAUUUCAACGGCGUCGUACGUUUCGCUUAUGCUUCAGAAGAGGGCGCCUACCGGCGCGCUGACGUCACAAGCGGGACCGCCCGCCGCUCUUGCAAGCACUUUAGAGCCGUUGUCGCAGGUGAAGGCCACUGCAAGUUCCGCCGGAGUUCCGGUGACAACCGGCGGAAAGCUGAGGCCCGCUGUGGGCAAAGGAAGGUCAAAGUUGGACCCCGAAGUCCGGCGGAACUCCGUUCAAGAGCGGCAGCACCGGGCAGAGCCCCUCCGGGAAGAGGCGAGCUACCUGGUAGAAGAGACCGGGCCUUCAGGGUGGGACUUUGCUUUCAAUCCCUUCACCAAGAUCAGCCGUGCGUCUGACCCGGGAGUCGGAACGGGGCGGAAAGUUGCGGAUAAUAGCAGGUGGCCUGUGUCUGCGCACCUGCGACAACAGGCCCUCAGGCGAGGUAGCAGAGGCACGCGCGCGUGA